AUGGCAAAUCUUGAAGCCCCAUCCACAUCAAAGUACAUCAUUAUCGUCUUGAACGCCUUCACAGCAUUUACAGCCAUCGUUUUCAGUAGUUUAACAAUUCAAGCCAAAAGGAAAACUCCCUCUUUACCAAAACCUCUGAAAACAUUGCUGUCAAGUCUUGCCGUUUCUGAUGUCGCUGUUGAUUUAGCUGCUCAGCCAUUAUUCAUUGUGCACUUGAAAAUUUUGAGAGAAACUGAUACCAAGAUUUUGUGGGUAAUCCAUUUUGCACUCGCUAACGCUUCGUUCCUCGGUAUCAUCGCUCUAAGUCUGGACAGAUUCCUGGCCGUUCAUCUUCAUCUUAGAUAUCAGGAACUUGUGACUUACAAGCGCUUUCUUGGUCUGGUCGUUUUAGCGUGGGUGUUCAGUGCUCUUCUUCCAUUCUUUUGCGUUUGGAUCGAUGAAGUAUGA